AUGAAGAUCCCUUCUUUGCUGCUGAGGUUCCCUCGUUGUUAUCUCUCUAGAAGACUUUAUUUCACACACUUCUGCUUCGCCUCCAGAGCAGAUCCCCUGUGCCUUGGAUCUCUUGUGCCAGCACACCCCCGUCGUACAAAAUGGAUGUGCUCAUCAGAUGGCUUGAGGAGAGAGCUGUGCCAACAGGCAGCUCCUGACCAGCAGACAGAGGAGCUUUCUGACAGAGAACAAAGACUGCUAGACAGACUUUACAGUGGACUAAUCCAGGGCCACAGAGCCUGUUUAGCAGAAGCCAUUACCCUUGUAGAAUCCACUCAGAGUAGGAAGAAGAAAAUAGCCCAGGUGCUCCUUCAGAAGGUAUUAUCCUACCACAGGGAACAAGAAAAGUUAAAUCAAGGAAAACCACUUGCCUUUAGAGUGGGGUUGUCUGGUCCCCCUGGUGCUGGGAAAUCCACUUUCAUAGAAUGUUUUGGGAAAAUGCUUACAGAAAGAAAUUACAAAGUGUCUGUGCUGGCUGUAGACCCUUCCUCUAGCACAAGUGGUGGUUCUCUGUUGGGUGAUAAAACACGGAUGACUGAGUUGUCAAGAGACAUGAAUGCCUACAUCAGACCAUCUCCAACCAGAGGGACACUGGGAGGAGUGACCAGGACCACAAAUGAAGCCAUUCUGCUCUGCGAGGGAGGAGGCUACAAUGUUGUUCUCGUGGAAACAGUAGGUGUGGGCCAGUCGGAAUUUGCUGUGGCUGACAUGGUUGAUAUGUUCAUACUGCUGCUGCCACCUGCGGGUGGGGAUGAACUACAGGGGAUCAAGAGGGGCAUCAUCGAGCUGGCCGACCUGGUGGCCAUCAACAAAGCGGACGGGGACCUGGUGGUGCCGGCGCGGCGCAUCCAGGCCGAGUACCUCAGCGCCAUGAAGCUGCUGCGCCGGCGCUCCAAGCUCUGGAGGCCACGGGUGCUGCGCAUCUCUGCCAGGACAGGAGAAGGAGUCUCAGAGGUGUGGGAUAAAAUGGUGGAGUUCCAGGAGCUCAUGCUGGCCAGCGGAGAGCUGCUGGCCAAACGGCGCAGGCAGCAGAAGGUCUGGAUGUGGAACCUCAUCCAGGAGAACAUGCUGGAACACUUCCGCACUCACUUGGCAGUCAAGGACAAGAUCCCACUGCUGGAGGAAAAAGUCCUCAGUGGUGUCUUGUCUCCUGGGCUGGCAGCCGACCUGCUCCUCAAAGCAUUCAAAGAUGGUCUCUAA